AUGUUUAAUUAUGAAAGUAUAUUUAUUAACGAAGACAUUGUAUCGGAAAUGACCAUUGAUGAUGUAAAAAACUUGAAACCGUAUUGGAAUGUUCAAAUAGCUAAUUUUAAGGACAGCAUUAAUGAGCCUAUUUUCACCUUGCUGCAAAUGGCUAUUUUACUUAACAAAAAAAAAAUAGUUGGAUAUUUAUUAGCUAGAAAAGGUUUAGAUAUUAAUGUCCUUAGCAAGCAUAAUCAAACAGCUUUGAUGAUUGCAUGUGAAAAAAAGGUCCCUCUUGAUUGGAUCGAAGCAAUUUUAAAAAAAGGUGGAGACUUAGGCAUAAAUGUAAAAGAUGACUUUAAUGAAACUGCUUUAGACAAAUGCGCUUUUAACUCAAAAGCCUACCAGUUGCUUCUAAAAUAUGGUGCCAUUGAAAGUAAAAACGCACCAGAAGAGAAAAAUAAUACGAAAAAAACUUCCAAUCAUUGCGAUAGCAUAUGGUCUAAUAUUUGUGGAUGCGGAACAAGAUAUUAUAAAUAA